AUGGACGCCAGUCAGCAGAUGAGUAGGUGGGGCUCCGCUCCGGCUCGCGGGCAGCUCGGAGCAGGGCCACGCCAGCCCCUGAACUGGCAGGUCACAACGUUCCUUCGCUUGUCCACCAAGUUCUCAGUAACGGGCAAGCAGAGCCGCGCUCCUGGGCGCCGGGCCGGGCGCGUGCCUGUGACGUCGGUGGUGCCGACGCUGGCCGUGCGAGCGUGCCUCCAGGUGAAGACCCGGCACCGGGGCUGGAGGGCUGCAGGCCUGCUGCUGUUGCUGGCCCUGGCCGCCGCAGGAGCUGUGGCCGGGGGGCUGCUGGGCUUCGCCCACACUUCACCAGAGCCACUGCAGCAGGUGCUCCGCCUGACCCUCCCGAGCCCCCUGCCCAGGGCCAACCAAACCACCCUGGCAGACGCAGCCCGGAACGCAGCCACCAUCGUGGUGACUCCCCCGCAGAGCAACGGGAGCUGGGCCGUGCUGUUCGACGGGCAGAGUGGUUGCGUGUGUUACCGCCCCUCGGAGCACGGGGCCUGCUUCCUUCGCCGGAUGGAGGCCCGAGAUCGGGAGACCCUGCGACUGCUGCUGAACACGCCGGCCCAGGGGUCUUGCAGCCCCAGCCAGGACACCCACCGCACCCAGGAGCUGCUGGCCGUGCUCGGGAGCCGUGCAGUGGACCCCGCCCAGGUCGGGGCUUCGGUACAGCGCCUUUGCGCAGAGACCCCCAUCUACUGGGCCCGCCGGGCAGAGGGGCCCCAGAGACAGCGGCUGAUCUACCUUUGCAUCGACAUCUGCUUCCCAAGCCACGUCUGUGUGUCCGUCUGCUUUUAUUAUCUCCCGGACUAAGC